AUGAAACUGAGGCCAAAAUGUUUUCUGCAUUUUUUGUGCCUAGAUAAAAUAUUUUGCUUAUUAUCAGUCAGAAAUGCCAGAGCACUGACAUACUACUUUCACCUCUUAGAUGUUCACAGAAAGAAUACUUUGAAUGAUCUUCAGUUUUAUCAUUUUCUCCACUAUGUGACUGACCUGAGUAAAGAUGAGAUCAUGCUAGUGUUUGACUUGUUAGACUGGGAUGGCAAAGGGGAGGUCGGCUUUGAUGAGUUCUACAUGUUGGUGUGCAUCAUAAUGUCUCAUGAGAACCAUCUUGAAAAGCAGUUCAUGUAUCGUCAUUCUCAUCAUGUGUUUGAAUUGCUUGACAUGGAUGGAGGACAUACAAUUGGACUUGGUGAAUUCAAAGCCACUCGUUUUCUCUUCAACAUUAAAGAGGAAGACCUAUCUCGAAUAUUCAAGGACUUUGACAUCUCUGGAGAUGAGCAGUUGAACUACAAGGAAUUCAAGAUGUUCACUAUCUUCUGCAUUGACAGGCAACAGAAGAAGCAGAAGGAAAAACUGAGGAAAGAGAGAGAGAGAGAGAGAGAGAGAGAGAGAGAGAGAGAGAGAGAGAGAGAGAGAGUGUUGAGGGAAUGUUUCAUGCUGCUCCCCUUUUCCAGAAACACCACGGACACUGUUUCUGAAUUGGUACCGGAUUACCAACCAUCUCAUUCUAUGUUACAUGAAUGCUUGAUACAUGGCACACAACAAACACUGUACAAAAAAGAUUUACCAGAAAAGAGAAGAUAUUUAUUCAAGAAAUACAAAUUGAUGGUACCAGCCAUCUUUGGAAGCCACUACCAUGAGGCAAAUAGGACAUUAAACCCAAGUCCUUUGCUCAUAACGCAUUAG